AGUAGAAAAUUCUUCUACAGCAACUCCACCACACAGAAAGUCAUGUGGGUGAUGUGGGUAGUCGUGACAUGGAUCAAUAUCUGCUUCUUCCUUCCUGUGACCAUACUGUUCUUCUGCUGUGUGUGUUGUGCGGGGCGAAGAUAUCAGGUUCCUGUCAUCUAUUACACAAACCUCAUCAUCUCCAUUCUGAUCCAUCACAGCAUGAUGUUCUUUUGGCGGGAGAUGGUGCAUGACUCCAUUGUGUGUUUCUUUUACUAUUUGGCUGUGACGGCCAGUCUUUACUUCAGGUUGUUCAUUGCUUUGGAAAGGUAUUGUUUCAUCGCCUGCCCACUGUUGGACUGCCUCAGACAAACUGAGGGUUCUGUACUGGUCUGUGUUCUGGUCUGGGUCUUUUGUAGUGUUAGUGCUCUUGCUGUAUUUUUAUAUGAAUUUGUACGUUUAAUUAUUUAUGCCGCCCUCCCUGCCCCCCUGUUCAUCUUCUGUCUCGCUGGGACACUUAAAGCUCUGCCUGCUGCCACCUCAGUGCCCAAUGAAGAAAAACGAAGAAUUGUAGGAACCUUGGUUCUGUUGCUGCUUAAUUACUUUCUCAUAAACCUUCCUGCAGUCAUUCUAUUAACUUUGAACUUAUAUCCACACUUCCCUGAAACACUUAUUGAUUUUAUCAUUAUAAUCUUAUUUCUGUUUAGUUCAUUGUUGGACUUCAUUCUGUUUGCCUUCAUGUGUAAAGGGCCCAUUGACAGGCUGCUGGCACGUCUGUGCUGCUGCAGUAUGGAGAGCAACAACACAGGAGAUGUGACUGAUGUUAGCACAGACAGGUCAGAUCAUGUAGUCAGAGAUGGAGGGAAAGAGGAAACAGGGUCACAUGAUGGGAGAUAAGCAAAUAUUUCUUCAGCUGAAGCCUCGGGCUGUGAGAAUUGUUUUGUUGAGUAGUUGUGUAUCAGUUUAAAAGUACAAAUUGUUUCAUAAUUUCUUCUAAAGGCCCCGUGGUGGUGAGGUAGUCAGAAGGACCCGGGUUCAUAUCCAGUCUGGGGCCUUUCUGUUUGGAGUUUGCAUGUUCUCCUCGGGUCUGUGAGC